AUGCAGAAUUCCAUGGACACUUCACAGUUUUUUCUUUGUGAAAAACUCCUUAAUUCGUGCUCACCUUCUCAGACGUUGAACCGACUGUCCGGCAUUGCUCGUCGAGAUCCAGAAUGGUUCACGAAUUGUCCACGGAAGGGCGAACUAUUCAAGAACUUCGAUCGAAUUCUAGCGGAUGAUCGAUGGGAAGUACAACAUCAGUGCAUCAAAUUUCUCCAAAAUUCAAUGACAACGUUUGGUUCAAAUCUGGAGUACUGUAUGUGCUAUUUGAUGCCAAAUUUAAUUCCAAAAUUAGGAAAUUCAAAAAUUACUAUACGAAAAAUAACUGCUCAGGCAAUCCAAGCAUUUCUUCGACACAAACCGGAAGCUCUAGGAUCAUUUCUGGUAGUCUUUAUUCAGUUUCUUUUAGUAUAUCUGGGUAAAAGUAUCUUUACACGAAUGCUGGACGAGUUAAUUCCUCUAGCUCAAUCUGCAUCGACGAAUCGAAGCAGCAUGAAAUUAGCGUCUGGGGAACGGCGGUUACGUUUCGGAAUCGUUCCGUCUGUUGUGGCAGCCAUGGUGAUGGACAAUACGGAUGUUGCGAUAAGGAUCUCUGGACUGGAAAAGCUGAAGCAGCUAAUCGAAGACAUCACCAGUGAGGAGAUCUCUCGUCUUGUUCCCCAUCUCCAUUCCUAUCUUAUCUCAUUGAGUAACGUUCUCAGUGAACUCAACUUCAAGGUCGUUAUUCUUGGUUUGGACGUCGUUCGACUCACAGUGAACCGUCUUAAAUCUCAAAUGGAAGCACAUCUACAGCAAGUUGUCACGCUAUUGGCGCAGCACUUCGGAAACCAAAAAGCGGUCGUAAAGCAGCUGAUCAUGAUGACUUUCAUGGAUCUCUUCCAAAACAUCAAUCCAAAGGCGGUUGUAGGAGCUUUGUGUGUACACUUAGAGAACAAGAAUUCGCGGAUUAGAGAAGAGGUACUGAAUAUUCUUACAUCGGCUCUGAUGAUCACAUCAUCGUCUCGGAUCAACUUCACCGCUGUUCUGAAUAUUCUCGUACCACUGUUGCUUGAUCCGAAAAGGCGCGUAAGACUGGCCGCCUUUGAGCAGCUUUCCGUGGUUGGUUACAUGAUGAACGGUAAGGUGGACAUACUGCUGAAGAUGGUAAAGGAUGCCGAAGGCCGCCAUUCUGCUCGUGGGCUGACCAACGCCGUCGUGGCUCGUCUUCGCCGGCAAACGUUACCUCGUAUUCGAUAUGAUGGUUUGAUUAACUACUCGACGCCGCCAGUCAACGAUUCUUUCGGAGUACCGGAAUCAGAAUUGGUGGAUGAGAACAAUCUCGAUCUGAACUGGAUCCUCUAUGCCGGAGAAAACACUGCCAGGCAUUUCAGACCAAUUUCGCCGCUCAGUAUAGCAGCAGGGCUUACGAAAGGAUAUGUCGCCUACAAGUCUCAUAAGACCCCAGCAUGGGUCAACGGAAAGGUUUGUUUCGAUAACUUUUUAUCAGUCAGAGCUAAAUUUUUGUGA